AUGGUCCAGGCGAGGGAUGCUGAGUAUGUGAGGAAAGCGUAUGAGCUGAUCCGAGCUUCAGCUCCAGCAGCGUCUGAUGGCAGAUCUCUGUCUGAGCUCCGUGUGCUGUGCGCUGAACAAUCUCUACAGCUGGGCUGUCGGGAAAUCACACAGGACUGUUUAACGAUGUACUUGGAAGGGAAACCUCCAGCCAAUCAGUUCCUGUGUCGAGCGUAUCUGUGCCAGGGUCAGCUCAUCUCCUCACGCUCCAUUAGCACAGCAGAGGACUUGGAUAAGGCUGUGAUGUACUAUCUGAAGGCGAUUGAGAUUGCCAAAGACAAGUCCAGAUAUCAUUUCCUGGUGUUCAACGCCUCGCUGCUGUACCUGCAGUCCGUCCGGCGGUUCCUGAGGCCUGGACAGAGACGGCUCCUGGUUUCUUCUCUCACGCAGGUGCUCGAGGCUCUAGAGGAGGUUCAGGAUCCUGAUCACACAUGGAGGGCUGAGCUAAUGCUACACCUUGUUGAAUGUCUUCUCGAUGCUGGGAAGAAGGAGGCGGCAGCUGCUAUGGCCAAGGUCACCUCCGAUUUUAUACAGUCACAUAAACCAGAGCUUUAUCCCCGGCUUUUCUCCAUACAGGUUCGACACAACCUCAUGGAUGUCUCUGAAAUGCUGAAUGAUGUAAACCCUAAGUUGCUUGUGAUGUACAAGAUCCAAAAGCUUAAACAUGCGGUUGAUGUCAGUGAAGCCAAGAGAGAUGAUGCAGCCACACUGAAGGAGAUUUUCCUGCUGCUGACGCAGUCCUCAGAACCCAAAGCAUCCGGCCUCCAGGCCUCCAGUUCUCCACCGGACAUCCACAGAUCCAGUGCUCCACCCAACAUCAUCUAUGAAUCCAGCGGAUCCAGUCCUCCACCCUUCACCCAGAGCAUCAGCGCACCACCCAGCGUCCUCCACUCGAGUCCAUCCUCCUCCUGCAGCUCCAGUGUUUGUCUGGAUCACGGCUCCUCCAUCCCACUGACCGACAGGGUUGAGCUUCUGCUGGAUCUGGCUUUCCUCUCUCUGCAGUUACAGCAACAUCAAACAGCGUCCGAUUGUCUGAAGGAGCUCCGAGCCACAGAUGUCACCGUCGCUCAGCGCAUAAUGACGGAGUGUGUGCAGUGUGAGCUGGAGCUGAACAAACACAGAGAGGGAAUGCAGAAUUACUCCAGAUCCAGUGUGGAGCUGCGGUCGAGUGUUAUCAUGCGGUUGGAUGCAGUGCUGCAGACGGCGCUGGAGCAAACAGAUGCUCGGGCGACUCAAGCGGUGUGUGUGUGUCAGUGGAACGCAUGUCUGCCGCUUCUCCAACACAACCUCCGAAAGAGAGUCCAGAAACCCCUGCUCACCCUCGCUCGAGCGCUGCAGGUUGAGCUUCUGCUGGAUCUGGCUUUCCUCUCUCUGCAGUUACAGCAACAUCAAACAGCGUCCGAUUGUCUGAAGGAGCUCCGAGCCACAGAUGUCACCGUCGCUCAGCGCAUAAUGACGGAGUGUGUGCAGUGUGAGCUGGAGCUGAACAAACACAGAGAGGGAAUGCAGAAUUACUCCAGAUCCAGUGUGGAGCUGCGGUCGAGUGUUAUCAUGCGGUUGGAUGCAGUGCUGCAGACGGCGCUGGAGCAAACAGAUGCUCGGGCGACUCAAGCGGUGUGUGUGUGUCAGUGGAACGCAUGUCUGCCGCUUCUCCAACACAACCUCCGAAAGAGAGUCCAGAAACCCCUGCUCACCCUCGCUCGAGCGCUGCAGCACACACACAGUUUGCUGCUGGAUGUGUUGUGUCGGGUUCACAAUGAACUGGCCGCUAUAGACGAGGAGGAUGAAAAGCUGGAAUCUGCCAUGAAGCAUCUUCAGAAAGCCCUUGAGCUGGAUCCUCACUCCCAGCAGCUGUCCUCCUCCUUACACCUCCUCCAGCUGCGCUCCUCUGUCCACAGCGCUCCCACACGACCGGAGGAGCGCGCCGCCAGACUCAUCCAGCAGGCUAAAGAGGGAAGCGGCCGCGAGGUUUUGAGAAAGCGACGGCCGCUGCUGGUUAGUGCUGGAGUCUCUCUGGCACCUGAUGCUUUCCAAACCGUCCUGGAUGCUGACGGUAAAGUCAAAGCUGGAGAUCAUGUGGAGCUGCUCGCUGCUAAAGCCCAACAUCACAGCAGCUGUGUGCAGAAGGUCAAAGGUCAUUUGGAUGGACUUGACAAGAGCUCAGAUGACAAAGAAAGGGUGAGAUUAUGGGGUUCGCUGGCCAAAACCGCCCGGAAACAGGAGCUUUUUGACGUGUGCCAGGCGGCCUGUCGCUUCUGUCUGCUAUAUGACGAUGGACGAUGGAAAAACACCAGUAAUCCAGAUCAGAGGAACCAGAGCGAGCCCAACACACAGAGCGAUCUGCUGCGUCUGCUCGCCGAGGUCCAUUUCAUCAACGCUGAGGUAACCGUCCUUAAACUCCGCUCUGAGGGGGUGGAGCUAAACGGCUCUUCUGUAGCACCUGAUGAGAAACGGACACGCCCACCUGAAGACGACGCCCACUGGAACCUGUACAGUGAUUGGAUCAAGGAUUUAUCGGCUUACGCCACAGGUGGUUUCCUGCGAGGGGCGGAGCUUGGGGCGGAGCUGCGUGAGGAUUGGCUGGUGGUUAAUGCAGCUGUAUAUCUGUGGAACUACAACAGCUGGCUGCUGGCCACCGGAGGACAUCGGCUCCUUCUGCCCACCUUCAGACGUCUGCUGGAGCUCCUCAGACAGACAGGGCAUGCUGGGGAGGUGGUUCUUCUGGGGAUGCUCUGUGACGCUGUGGCUCAGGGGCUCAUCCAGCCGUGGUGUGGGAUGUCUGUUCGUGCCGAUCAGGAGUCGCAGGACGCUGGGAAGGGAGGCGAGAAGAUGAUGCCAGCUGAAAAGACAAAGAAAAAAUCCGGCUCGACCCAGGGCCCUCAGCUGGACGCGGCUGCCAUGCAGGACGUUAAGAAAGCUUUAGAGGUGUGUGAGUUUGCGCUGCGUCUGUCCAGUGGAGACGCCGAGCCGCUGCCAAUCUCUGUGAGAAAGCAGCUCUGCAGCACGUGGGUCUGCGUUAAACAGCUGCUUCAGCAGCAGAUCGGACACAAACUGGACAUCAACGAUGAGGUGACGCCAACAACAGAACAAACACACUGCGUUUGGAUCAUCAGAUGGACGAUUUGAACUAGAAUAAGAUCAGUGUUGGGAAGGUUACUCUGGAAAUGUAAUAGGUUACAAAUUACAAGUUACUCUAUUUAAGUACUGGUUCAGAUGGCGUUGGGCUGUCAGUGGUCUGAUCCGGUCGUGGAGCUGUAUGUGUGGACACAGCUCGCUCUGUUCGCCCAUCAGACACAAGACCACAGCCUUGUCCUCACCUGCACCCAUAAUGCACUGCAGCUGGAGCAGAACGCAGCACAAAGAGUGAAGACGGCCGCUUAUGCUCUGUUCAGCGUGCGUUCGGUGCAGGAGAUGUUGAGCAGCGCUGCGUGUGUCAGAGGUCAGAGUCUGAUCCAGGAGGCCAGAGCUCAUCACAGCAGAUAUAUGGACGGUCUGCUCAAGCUGCAGCACAGCGUCAGUUUUGCGGAGCAGGCGGGCAGCUGGAGUCUGUGUAUGAACGCAGCCGCUCACUUCUGGAGCGCAUGUCUGCCUCUGCUGGACUCGAGACGGGACAGACGUCAGCUGAGAGGAGCGCUGGAGCUCAUCCUGAAGACCAUCAGCCAAACAUACAGCAAACACACAGCCGGCAAAAAUAAAAGAGCAUCUGGACUCAAGCGUGAUGGACCAGAUACCACAAACGCUGGCAUCGCUGAUGAUGACCUGAAGGUGUGGACGGCUGUGAUCAGCGCACUGCUCCAUAUUCAUGCGGACGCUGGAGACUGGAGGAGAGGCCUGCAGCUGCUGGACGAGGCCCUCAGAGAGAUGCCACACACCGAACACAGAUUGGCUCUGCUGAAGCAGCGUGUUCUGGUCAAGGCCCGGCUGGGCGAGUCGCUUCUGCUGGACAUGCAGCGGUUCACUAACGAGGGAGAGACGGUCUGCGCUCAGAUGUGGCGGCGUGCAGCUCUCUGUGCCAAAGACAAACCACAGCGGCUCAGCUGCUAUCAGAAUGCCAUCACAGCUCUGCAGUCUCCGGGGGGUCAGUGGCAGAAGGUGGAGGUUCUGCUGGAGUUUGGCGAGUGGCUGUGUGUCACACACUUUCCUGUGACUGACGUCCGUCUGCAGAUCGAGUGGGCCGUAGACAUGCUGCUGUUCACAGACACACAGAACACAGACGAGGGGUCUGGCCCGUGUCUGUGUGACGUGCGUUCGGUGGGCCGUCUGGAGCGUCUGAUGCGAUCGCACACACUGCUGGCUCUCACAGAGGAGCGCUCGUCUCUCAAACAGCAGCAGCAUCUGCUGACAGCCUACAGCUGCUCGCUGCACAUCUGGAAGUCUCCGGGGGGUCAGUGGCAGAAGGUGGAGGUUCUGCUGGAGUUUGGCGAGUGGCUGUGUGUCACACACUUUCCUGUGACUGACGUCCGUCUGCAGAUCGAGUGGGCCGUAGACAUGCUGCUGUUCACAGACACACAGAACACAGACGAGGGGUCUGGCCCGUGUCUGUGUGACGUGCGUUCGGUGGGCCGUCUGGAGCGUCUGAUGCGAUCGCACACACUGCUGGCUCUCACAGAGGAGCGCUCGUCUCUCAAACAGCAGCAGCAUCUGCUGACAGCCUACAGCUGCUCGCUGCACAUCUGGAAGGUAUCCAUGGCAACCGCACAGGAAGUGAUGAAUGAUUUGGCGGAAGGUCAAGACGUGCGAUCCGCCAGCUCCAGAAAAGACAAGGAGAGACCAGACGAGAAGAAGACCAAACAGCCGUCUCCUGUGGAGGACAGACCCAGAGCUAAAGCUGCAGACGUGUCUCUUCCCAUCAGCCCCAAGCAGUGGGCUCAGUUCCAGUGUCCUGAGGAGCUUCGACAGGCCUUUCUUUCUGACGCCGGUCCUUACAGCAUCAACAGCACAUCCAUCAGCGCACAGAGCCGAACUCUGUUUUAUUUGGAUCUGUUGGUGAAAGAGCUGGAGUCGCUCUCCUUGACCCCGUUGACCUUUGCCCCUCUCCACCUGGCAGAGGUCAUCGCUCGCGACCUCAUGCAGAGCAGGAGUCAGUCUGACCUCUACCGCCUCAGGAUCAUCAGGAGCUGUGGUGAUCUGGGGUUCGAGUCUCCGUUCUCUGAGCAUCUGCUGAGCUUCACACACGUUCCUGCAGACGAGCAGAUGCGGAGCCAGAGAGCCGUCGUUACACAGAGAAACGGAUCUCAGCGCGACGUGACGGACGAGACUGCUGACGGAGAUCCGUGUGGAUGGACAGCAUCCGCUCUCAGUCCUCAUCAGCUGUGGCUGGCCAAAGCCGACGUGUGUCUGAGUCUGAACCUGUUCCAGCCUGCGAAAGUCCUGCUGACUCACACACACCUGACAGCCCAGGAGCUUGGAGACCAGCUGUCAUUGGCUAAGAGUUUACUCCUGCUGGCGGUUCUGGCCAAUCAGGAGCAGCGCUUCGGCGAGGCUCUCGCUCUGCUGACGGAGGCGCAGGAGAUCGGAGGAGACGAGGAGUUCUGCUUUUCACUCGCUCAGACGCUCCAAAUGACCGUAGUGGAACAAGAAGAACAGGAAACGCAUCAUCAGGUGUGUGCGAUCACAGAACAGGCCUGCAGAACCAUCAGAGCUGUUCUAGAGCAGAGAGGGAACCGAGCUUCAGUCCUCCGCUUCUUCAUCGCAUCGCUGCAGACCAGGGCCGCUGUGUUUCGUCAGCAUUUGUUGAGUUCUGCCAAUCCGUCAGUGGAGAUGCUGAUCUCGGUGUGUGACACGCUCAGACACACUGCUGCUGAACUCCUGCAGCUGGGAUACAGGACAAACUCCGCCGAAGCCACGCUUGAACACGCAAACACGCUCAGAAUCCUGGCUGUUCACUCAUCGAGUGCAGAAGAGAAACAGCGCCACCUUCUGGACGCGUUAAGCCUGAUGAAGAGCGCUGUCUCUCUUCAGGAGCAAGUUCUCACUGAUGUCCUCAAUGUUCUUCCACCUCAUGAGUCCGGCUGGAGAAGCGUCCCCGCGGCCCGAGUGUGUGUCCGUCUCAGGCUGGCUCUCGCCGAUCUGGCCCUGCUCAUGCUGGACCUCCAGAGCGCAGAGCAGAAGAGGAAGUCCAUUGCUCGGGACAGGAAGUCAUCAGUGGAGAGAGCGCUGGAGGACUACAUGAGGAGCAGCGCUGAUCUCAGCCGACAGGAGAGGGACUGGUCUGCUGUGGGCCGGUCUCUGGCUCAGGAGGUUUUGACUCACCUCACAGCUGUCAGUUCGCUCUCGCCGGACUGUGUGGAGACCAGGGCUCGCUCCCUCGGCAUGAUGGGAAGGUGCCUGAGGAUUUUAGCUCAGCAGAGAGACCCGCUGUACCCCUCCACACUGUGGACCGAGCCCGACCCGGACCAGGAGAGAGAGCAAAACCAGGAAGAUAAUGAAGACCAACAAGUGAAGAUGAAUGAAACCGAGAAGAAACAAUACGCUGGCAAACGUGCAGAGCUGCAGAGCGAGCGGAGGGCAGCGCAGCGGCUGUUGGCUCAGGCCUGUGAAACUCUCUCUCAGGCUGUGAGUCUGAGUCUUCAGCAUGACCUUCCUCAUCUUCUUCCUCGCGUCUGCACAGAUCUGCUGGAGUGUCACGGUCAGUUCGACCCCGGCGCCAGCGGACAGUACCUUGCCCUGCUGCAGAGUGGCGCGUGCUGUGCUGAGAUGUCGUCUGUCCUGCACUCGAUCUGCUCCAGUGUUGGUGAGUCUCAGACCUGUGCUCUGCUGAACCUGCGGAGGAAGCUGCUCUCUUCACAGGGUCACAGACCCAGCGGCGCUCUGACAGCAGUGAACCAAGAGCUCAACGCUCUCUCCAAGGCCUUCACUCACCUGACCAUAAACCCAAACCACCUGAGAAUUCUGGGAGAAAUGCCACCCAACUUCAAGAUCCUGCUGCUCCAACACUCAGAGGACAGUUCUGUGCUUUACGCCGGCCUUUAUGAGAAGGUUAAAGCCGCAGAGACUCAGAAAGGAAAGAGUGUGACAGGUGGUCUGAUCUGCUCUAAGGUGGUCAAGGCGUCCGUUCAUCGCUCAGAUCUGCAGCAGCUCCACAAACUCCUGCAAGAGUUCAAAGAUCUGAACGCACAGACGCGUCUGAAAGAGUCACGCCGCUGCGGACAGAACCGAGCACAAGAAGAUAAAGAUGGACAGCUGGAUGAUUGUUUCAGAGCUCUGCUUGAGGAAAUGGAGAACUACCUCAAUCCCGUUCUCUCUCAGUUUGACUUUUCAUGCUUUAGCGUUCGCUCUCCGUCCAUCUCCACCACAUCGGCCCGAGCCAAAGACAAGGACGAGAAAACUGCUGAUAAACCUCUGCCGGAUGCUGGUGAUUCUGUGGUGAUUCUCGCUGACCAGACGCUGUUGGAGUUUCCGUUAGAAGUGUUGAGCGUCCUGCAGGCGAAGGGCAUCGGCUCCGUCUCUCGAGAUUUCUCUCUGCAGGUUCUUCACGCACGACUGCAGAUGGAUGAAGCAGAUCUUCCUCCAAAAUCAGCACAGAAGAUGCAAAAAACUCCACAGAUUCCCUCUAGGCCUGUUGAAAGUGACAAUAAAAAGGAAGCCAAAGGUGGCAGAGGAGUCAAGGGGAGAGGCGAUCAAAGCCGAGGCAUCAAAGCGGUGCCGGUCAAUCGUGUCCUGCCGCCAAACAGCGUCCCAGUGGACACACACAGGUUCAGAUAUGUAGUUGAUGCUCAGGAGGAAGAUGAUAGAAAGCAGGCUGAUAGCAGCAGCGCAGCAGAGAUCAUGAGGAAGACCCUCGACACCUACGCUUCGCAAUUUACACCUCUGUGGGAAGGAUUCAUCGGCCACGAGCGCAAACGCAGUCUCGCAGAUCUCGAGCAGAUGCUGAUGUCCUGCAGCGCUUUUAUUUACUCUGGCACGGAGAACUUCUUCUCCUGCGUCCCACCGGCCAAGAUGGCCUCCCUCAACAUGUCCGGAUGUCAGAUGGUUUUUCUCUUUGAAAGCGUUCAGAACAGAGUCAGCAUCCAGAAGAGACGGUCCAGCCGGGCUUCAGACGGUCCGCUCGGCUCGGCGUAUCUCUUCACUCUCAGCGGGGUUCAUUCUGUCCUGCUCAACCAGUGGCACAGCAGCGCCGCAGCAGAUGCACAAAACCUGCGCUCGCUCAUGGACCAUCUUCUGAGAGCAGGACUGACUUCAGGACGAGCCGCUCAUGUUUUACAGACACACAAGUCAGAAAACACAGAAGUCAGUGGAAACUCGUCCGGCCCGACAGACGAGAGUUCAGCGGUUUCAUCUGAAGACGUCCAGAGAAAAACUCCUUCUGCGUUCAACUUUGUUAUUUAUGGACUUCCUAAUUUAGUGGUUACAUGAACAGCUGGAGAUGGUGGUUCACUGAAAUAAAACUCGUUUACUAAUGCUGUCUUUCUGAAAUUAAACACUGUCUGUUCUUCGACUUCUCUUUUAGUGUUCAAAGUUAAAGCUUAAAGACAGUUAUGUACUGUUAUCUGUUGUAGGUCUUGAAACAUUGCUGUCAAACAAAUAUUGAUCUAAGACCUUCAGUAAUAAAUUAAA